AUGGAAAUAGGUCCAAUCUUACACAUCACUUUUUCAGAUGUGAUAUUACUACAAUUUUAUGCAUAUUUAUUUCUACUCUCACCCAAUGCAUCAACUAAUUUGUCAACUGAUGCAGAAGCUCUUCUUGCCUUCAAAUCAAGAAUCACUUCAGACCCUCUUGACAAAAUCACAAGAAAUUGGUCCGCCUCUGCCUCCGUCUGCAGCUGGUAUGGCGUUUCGUGCGGUGCCAGAAGGCGAGUCACGGCCUUAAGUCUCUACAAUGCGAGCCUUGGAGGCACCGUUGCUCCACAUCUCGGGAACCUUUCUUUCCUGAGUUCCUUGGACCUCGGCCUCAACAGAUUCACGGGGCACCUGCCCUGUGAACUGUCUAACCUCCGUCUCCUACAAAACCUAUACCUCGACUUCAACAACUUCACCGGAGAUUUCCCUCCAUGGCUUGGCGCGUUGGCGCAACUAAAAGAAGCCACCCUGCAGAACAAGAGUCUUGGCGGUGUCAUUCCAAAUCUACUCAACCUUUCGAACCUCGAGAGACUUGACGGUUCUUACAACGCGAUCACUGGCAAUAUUCCAAAAGAGAUCGGUAACCUUUCCCGCUUCAAAUCGUUGGACUUGAAGUAUAACCAGCUGACGGGAUCAAUACCGUCUACCAUUUUCAACAUGUCAUCUUUGGAAAUGCGUGACCUUUCAGCAAACAACCUGUCGGAGAAGAUUGUGAUACAUGAUCUUCCCCGACUGGAAGGCCUUUUUCUCCCUCUUAAUCAACUUUCUGGUUUGAUCCCGUCGAGACUCUUCAAGUGCUCAUCGCUGCAGCGCUUAUCCCUUUCGUGUAACCAAUUCAAUGGAAGCAUGCCGACGGGGAUUGCUAGUUUGACCCUUCUGAAGAACUUGAGGUAUACCACCAAAGAUGGCAAUCUAUCAAGAUUGGAGAUAUUGAGCAUGGCACAAAGCUCACUCACCGGGGAGAUUCCUUCAUUCAUCUUCAACAUGUCUUCUCUCAAAGAGAUAGACCUUGGUUACAAUAGCCUCUCAGGAAGAAUUCCACCUACGCUUAAUCUCCCUAAUCUUGAGAUGAUUUUUCUUAAUAGUAACAAUCUCACCGGCGAAAGCUUGUCCGGCCUACUUGACUGCCGUAAGGUUCGGCUUCUCCAGCUCUCGGAAAACCUACUCACCGGCCCCAUGCCUAAAAAAGUUGGAAACAUGAGCCAGCUCAGGUUUCUCUUUCUAAAUGAGAACAAGUUGACUGGUCAGGUACCAUCUGAGCUAGGCAACCUUAACCUCGAGAGGCUUACAAUGUCCUACAAUGGAUUCAAUGGUUCUAUCCCUCCUUCCAUUUUCAAUAUCUCUACACUAGUCGAGAUGAACCUCGCGUUCAAUAAGCUGAGCGGAGAGCUCCUGAGCUACAUAGGAAAUGCUUCUAAACUAUCUCUUAUAGAGAUAGACAACAAUUCCUUCAUAGGUGUUGUACCCGAUUUUGGCAACCUUCGCCUCCUCAACACGCUCAUAUUCGCAGGAAACAAUCUAACAGGGGAAUCUCCUGGUCAGGAGCUCAGUUUCUUCUCGUCUCUCGAGAACUGCAAGUAUCUGGGGAGGCUAGACUUCUCAUUGAACAAACUCAACGGAAUCAUCCCACGUUCAGUCGGGAAUCUAUCUGCCUCCCUGCAGUAUUUCCUCCGUCGCUUCAGAAUCUACGAGGCUUGCAACUGGAGGGGGAGAUUCCGACGGGAGGAUGCUUUUCUAACAUGUCAGCAUCAUCGUUCAUGCAGAACUCCGCACUCUGCGGCAUGUCCCGAUUUCAAGUGCCUCCAUGCAGAGAAGUCCGACGUGUUUUGGCUUGGAGAAGAGUCUCAUACCGGGAGCUUCUGGAGGCGACAGACGGCUUCAGUCAAGGUCAAUCUGCUCGGGAGAGGAAACUUUGGGUCGGUGUUCAAAGGGAUUCUUCCUCCUGAUGGCCUAACCAUCGCGGUUAAGGUUUUCAAUGAAGAGCUGGAGAAGAGCUUCAGCCGUUUUGAAGUGGAAUGUGAGAUACUGAGCAGUGUCCGUGUCCGUCACAGGAAUCUGGUUCGUGUCGUUAGCUGCUGCAGCAACGUAGAUUUUAAGGGGUUGGUUCUUGAAUAUGUGCCUAAUGGAAGUUUGGAGAAAUGGUUGUAUUCGCAUAACUAUUGCUUGGAUUUGCAGCAGAGAUUGAAUAUAGCAAUUGAUGUUGCAGUCGCGCUUGAGUAUCUUCACCAUGGCGGUUUGAACCCUGUUGUUCACUGUGAUCUCAAGCCGAGCAAUGUCAUGCUAGACCAAGAUAUGACGGCUCGUAUAGCUGAUUUUGGAAUUUCUAAGCUUUUCGAAAAGGAGAAGAUGAGUAACAUUUUGUUUGACUCUGUGACGAACGUGCAACAGAAUAUGGAUCCGAGGGGAAAGUGUCAACCAAGGGGGAUGUGUACAGCUACAGCAUUCUGCUACUGGAGAUGUUUACGAGGAAGAAGCCGACAGGCGACAGAUGAUAUGUUCAACAAGGAAAUGAGCUUGAAAGAGUGGGUAAGUAUGGCAAUGAAAGAAAAUGCAGAGAUUGAAGCGGUGGCGGCGACUGGUUUGUUAUUUAGAGAAGAUGAACAUUUUGGUGUAAAGGAGCAAUGCAUCUUGUUCAUUUUUGAGGUGGCCAUGGGGUGUCUUGCCUUGUCACCAAGUGAGACAAGUAACAUGAAAGAGGUUGUGGUUUCUCUCAACUAG